CGAGCGAUACACCACUAAUGAGUUUCUUUCCUCCGAAUUGAAUUUGCAUCCUAUAUAAAUACAUUGUCCUGUUUUAAGAUGCAUCAUCACCAAAGACUAACAACAAAACAAAUGAAUUCUAUCCAACAUCAUUAAGUCCAAUUAAACAUUUGUUAAAUGAAAGCAUAGACUCGAAUAUUGAAAUUAUUCAAAUGGACGAACAAGAAUGUAUCUUGGAAAUUGUCAAUGGUGUCCUGACGAUUGUACCAAAAGAUAAAUCAACAUCGUCAUCAUCAUCAUCAUCAUCCCUCUCUAAUAGCCGAAAUAAACGUCAUGAACAACAAAAUAUCAAUUACAAUUCUUCCAAAGCACGUACAUCAUCUAUUGCCUCAUCUAAUUCAACGCCAUCUCUAUCUGAACAAGAACAAGAACGUGAUGAAUCAUCUUCACUGUCAUCUUCUAAGCCAUAUACAGUGGUGCGUGAUGUUCCAUCCGUGAAAUUAACUUCGCCUUCGCCAUCGUAUCAUUCAGGUGAAGUCGUUGAUUUAUUUUCUACACCGAUCGGUUCAACAAACUCAACAAUUAAAACUAAAAAGAAUCUAUUAGAUGAUUCGUUAUCGUCGGUCUCGUCUUGUGGUAUUCAAACGUCUGAGAAGAAAAAGUCCUCAACAGGUAUUCCGCGUUCCUCGUCACCAAUCCAAUCGAA